AGUGAUGAUAUUAUCGAUAACGAGAGCACGUAGGUACAAACAUGGUCCAUGCGUUAUGAAAAAAAGCCCUACCCACAACUAAGAACGGCUUAAGCGAGACUACAACUAUUUGAACUAAUCAAAAUUCCUACCAACUUUUGACAAAUUUCCAUAUCCCGCGACCAGGCAGCAAACCCCUUGCAAAACUUCAAUCACAAGUACGAAAAGCAUUCCCGAACCCAAUUGCGAUACCUCAGCCCUAAUCAAACCACUCAGAUUGCAAAUAUGGAGUCCUCUAAGCAGCCCGUCAAGCUUGUCAAGGUCACCCGCGUCCUAGGCCGAACCGGUUCUCGCGGUGGUGUUACCCAAGUCCGUGUCGAAUUCAUGGACGACCAGACCCGAAGCAUCAUUCGAAACGUCAAGGGACCAGUUCGCGAGGACGACAUUCUCUGCCUACUCGAGUCUGAACGUGAGGCCCGACGAUUACGAUAAGAAUGGAAUUUCCUUUGGGAGGAGUUGCGAGCAUGAGGGACAGGAUUUUACUGCUAGCUUACGAUCAGACUACGGUCGAAGAUCGGUAGCAUCAUACAGGAUUCGCGGUCAAGAUUCCUUUUGUUACGGGAGUCGCCGGACUAUGAUGGGCAUUCUGCAUUGCGAAUAAAGCACGAUUCAUACCCCGAACAAUACACUUCGCGUGAUACGGCUGUUUGAUUGUCUUUGAAUUGAUAUUCCUCAUUGAUAUUCCUCAUUGAUAUUCCUCAUUGAUAUUCCUCAUUGAUAUUCCUCAUUGAUAUUCCUCAUU